ACUCUGGCCACACUCCGUCAAAUCGCAGCCAGGGGCGGCUAAGUCAGCAAUAGGUUUAAAUGUUUAUUUGGCCACUUGGUCACUGAACACAAAAUGAAUAACUCAACGAACUCCUCUAAUGGCUUGGCUAUUGCCAGUCCUUACAAGACCUUUGAAGUGGUAUUUAUUGUCCUUGUGGCUGGAUCCCUCAGUCUGGUGACCAUCAUUGGGAACAUUCUAGUCAUGGUUUCCAUUAAAGUCAACCGCCACCUCCAGACAGUCAACAAUUACUUCCUGUUCAGCCUGGCCUGUGCAGACCUCAUCAUAGGUGUUUUCUCAAUGAACUUGUAUACUCUUUACACUGUGAUCGGCUACUGGCCUUUGGGACCUGUGGUGUGUGACCUUUGGCUAGCCUUGGACUAUGUGGUUAGUAAUGCCUCUGUUAUGAAUCUGCUCAUCAUCAGCUUUGACAGGUACUUCUGUGUCACCAAACCUCUCACCUACCCAGUUAAGCGGACCACGAAAAUGGCAGGCAUGAUGAUUGCAGCUGCUUGGGUCCUCUCCUUCAUCCUCUGGGCUCCAGCCAUUCUCUUUUGGCAGUUCAUUGUAGGGGUGAGAACUGUGGAGGAUGGGGAAUGCUAUAUUCAGUUUUUUUCCAAUGCUGCUGUCACCUUUGGUACUGCCAUUGCAGCCUUCUAUCUGCCUGUGAUCAUCAUGACUGUGUUGUAUUGGCAUAUAUCCCGAGCAAGCAAGAGCAGGAUUAAGAAGGAAAAGAAGGAGCCUGCGGCCAACCAAGACCCAGUGUCUCCAAGUUUGGUGCAAGGAAGAAUUGUGAAACCAAACAACAACAACACUGCGGGUGGUGAUGGCAGCCUGGAGCAGAACAAAAUCCAGAAUGGCAAGGCUCCCCGGGAUGGCGGGACUGAAAACUGUGUCCAGGGAGAGGAGAAGGAGAGUUCCAAUGACUCCACCUCAGUCAGCGCUGUUGCCUCCAAUAUGAGAGAUGAUGAGAUAACCCAGGAUGAAAACACAGUUUCCACUUCUGCAGGCCAUUCCAAAGAUGAGAACUCUAAGCAAACAUGCAUCAAAAUUGUCACCAAAACCCAAAAAGGUGACUCAUGCACCCCAACAAGUACCACUGUGGAGCUGGUUGGGUCAUCAGGUCAGAAUGGAGAUGAGAAACAGAACAUUGUAGCCCGCAAGAUUGUGAAGAUGACCAAGCAGCCUGCCAAAAAGAAGCCACCUCCAUCCCGGGAAAAGAAAGUGACCAGGACAAUCUUGGCUAUUCUCUUGGCUUUCAUCAUCACCUGGGCCCCAUACAAUGUCAUGGUGCUCAUCAACACCUUCUGUACACCCUGUAUCCCCAACACAGUGUGGACAAUUGGCUACUGGCUCUGUUACAUCAAUAGCACUAUCAACCCUGCCUGCUAUGCACUUUGUAACGCCACCUUCAAAAAGACCUUUAAGCAUCUUCUCAUGUGCCAUUACAAGAACAUAGGCGCUACCAGGUAAACCCAUUUAAAACAAAGAAAGGUGAUGAAAGGGAGCUUAGGAAGAAGAAAAAAGGCUAAGAAAGUCUCUGCAAUUGCACUCACAGUCUUACUAUGAAACGUGCAAUUAAGGAGCUCUAGAGUGAUACUCUCAACAUGUCCAUGCUCCAGUUUGAAAGAUUUGCACCUUCUAAACCCUGCCAAUUUAGGAGCAACAAUACAAUGAGAGCAGACAUUGCAAAUGGUGGGUUUCUCAUACUCUUUUGAAGAAGGGCUUCUGAAUCUACAAUUUUAUCUGUAUGCACAAGAAGAAUAACCACCAUCCGUUUGUUGUUUCUUUCUGUUGUCCCCAUGUGUCCAGAUGAGAAAGAAAUGCUACAGCAACAGGCUAUCAUAGAGACGCAAACAUAAAGACACAGACAUUACAUGAUGGGGAAUGUGAAGAAAGAAAGUCAAGGAGGAGAUGCAGAAACGGUCUGCGGAGCAUUCCGCACAAUCUGCUUUCUGGGUUUGAUCUGAUUUGAAGGAUUUUAGUGUAACCGGUACACAUUUCUUCACUCUUCUCUCAUUACAAGAAAUAAGAACACAAACCAACAGAAAACCAACUAGGUCACACUAUUUUUUCUCUAAUUACAGUAUUAGCUUUUGUACUUUCUGGUUUUAUAUUAUGUAAGGUAUUUUAUACCUGCAAGACAUCUACUAAGUCCAGCCAGAGUCAACUCUGAAAAUGAUCACUCCCCAUCUUCCCACUGUGUCCGUUGCAUGCUGUGAGGACAUAGAAACCCAUAAGGAUCUAAUUCACUUUGUUCCUUUGUAUGGACUAUUUUAACCCAUCUUAUUUUCUUCUAUACUGUCCUUUUAUUUUAACAAAAUAGCCUCCCAAAGACAGAAACAUGCUUGGGAAACCAAAGUCAUUUAAAAUUAAAAUUUUGUCCCAUUAGAAGAUGAUCAGUCUAGCUGGAGAAAGUUCACUGUGGGCAGAUGAAGCUUGAGAUGAGGAAACAGAGGCUGGAAGUCUGUUCUGUUUGAACCUGAACAUACUGACCCAUGUGCAAAAUGUUAACAUUCACACCAUGAACUCCUGACUUUGUCAGCAGGAAGAGAUUGCUGCUUUACUCAUUUGGAAUAUUAAACAAGAUUAGUUUACUGGGUCAAUUCCAGGAGAAUAAGACCUUAGUUUCUGUGUCUGCUAGCAGAUGAUAUUCAAAUUAUACUCAAGUGAGGUUGUCGGUAGCCAUACCAUGACACAAUGGCAGGGGCAAAGGGCCAUGCCAAAACAUUUACUGAAACUACUCACUCCAUGUUCUUCAAAUUAUCAAUUUUCUACAAGAUUAUAAAGCUUCAGAAUUCUCUCAUCAGUAGAAUUAUAUCAAUCUUUGUGACACAUAUAAUAGAUAACCAAAAAGAGGCAAAAAUAACUCAUUAAAUCUGACAAAAGUGUAUAGGUGGCUGUAGCCAUUUUUCAGCAUCUAAUUUGACCAAAAAAAGUUGUGUCAGAGAUAAUUUUCUAAAAGGUAGCAUUAUGUAGCAUCUUGUCUAUGUUGGGAAUUUGCACUUGUUAGUCUAAAAUAUAGAGUUACAUUGAUUAUACAUAUUUAACUAGCUAUUUUUGUCUCUCCUAUGUUUCCUUCCAUUAUAUUUUUAUUUUAAAUUGGGGGUUUUAUUUCAAUAUUCCUUAAUUUUGUUGCCAAUAUUAUUCCAGCUUUGGGACUAUAUAAAACUAAAAGGGUUUUACACAGCAAAAGAACCAAUUAACAGAGUAAAAUGAGGACCAUACAAUAAGAGCGUAUUUGUAAACCGUAUAUCUGAUAAGGAUUCCUAUCCAAUGUAUAUUGCUUGCUUUAUUUGUUAUAGUCACACUUGCUAAAUAAGGCCCAAUGGAUAGAAGUUCAACCUUUCAUUUAUGAACUUUAUGAUAUCUUCCCUGCUAUUAAUGAUGUGUCACAUGACAACAUUGUCAUUAUGAAGUCCUAGGGCUUAUUAGAGUUAUUUUGUGUAAGACGUUCCAUAUUGGUGCCAUCUCUGCAAGUGGGAGAUAAGGGAUAAAAACAACAAUAAAACCAAGCCGUAAGUUAACAAGAAGUAAUUUGCCAACAAUGUAUGUACUUAACUCAUAAUGAAAAUAAUGUCUCCUUUGAAUACCUUCAGUUGUGCUCUUCUUGAAAUCUCCUAUGUAUAAAGGAUAGCAUUGGUUCACACAGAUUCAUUUAGACUAAAAUUAGUUGAUGUAGAUUUCUUUAGUUCAUCAUCACCAAAAAUGUAAAUUUUACAUUUUAAAUUCAUAUUUAUUUUUAGGUUGUUCAUUCAAAUACUUGUUUGAGAGGACUUCAAAUCAAUGAACUUCUUGGUUUCCUAUAAAGAGAAUGAUCAAUUUGCUGAUACUUUCAUUUUUUAAAGUGUUGUACUAUUAUGAUGGAGACACGGCUGCCAGUGAGACCACCACUUUGGUGGCCAAGAUUCAGUGUCUAUUCCUGUUUGUUCUAAACCCAAUCCAUCAUGAUCCAAAGUUCUUUUCUCGCACGCUAUUAUAUUCCUCUCUUGCUUUGUUCUGUGCCUAAUAUUUGCAGCAGUUACCACAACCUCAGUGAAAGAGAAAUUGUCACUCAAGAAAAGAACUGAAGCUUGACUGGCAUCCCGUGGAAGCUUUCUCAACCAGGAUCAGAAGAAAGGGGAGGACAUUGAAAUGACUGCAGUGAGACUGAGACUGUCUUCAAAGGGCUGUCUCCCCGUUGCUGGUUUUGCUCCUUUCUCUGGCUUGCAAUCAGAUGUAAUUUUUACCCUGUGGACACAGAGAUAUGUAGAGCUGGGAAUAGGCAUUUGUGUCUAAAGGGAAGGGACGGCGAGUUCUGCUGUGCAACACACAAUGCAGAGGACAGGCUCCCUGCACCCUUGGAAUAAGAAUUAUGUGGCUCAAAAUGGAAACAGUAGCAGGACUGAGAAAGUCUGGUUUAUAUUAAGGAAUUUCUUGAGCUUCCCUUCUAUAAUCCUCCAUGAUUUAAAAAAGAUUAAUAUAAAUUGUUCACCUGAUAGACUAAAAGUAAUCCUUACUCAUCAGAUAUCAGAAACACUCCUCCAUUAAUACUGUAGGAUUUGAAAAUCACAGGCAGGAGCACAGGCCACACUUACAUCAAAAUCAGCAGACCACACACAUAGAACAGUUUCCAGCAUCUUAAUGUCUGAUCAUGGUCACCACAGGGCAGAUUCAGGAUAAUUGGCUAAUGUAGCUGCACAUCAACAUGGCUGCUUUGGGCCUCAUCAGUUUCUAGUGGAACUGCCAUUUUUCCUUUUAAAAUAAUAAGCCCUUUGAAGAAACUCAUCUCCUUGCUUUCACUGGAAAGGUCAGCAUUUGUUAAGUUUCUAUUUCUUCCCUCCUCGUAGCAAUAAUGUAAAUAGCCCAGAGUGGUCUUAAACACAGAGAAGAUUAAGCCUAGGGAAGGAGCCAAUUCACUUACUGAGAAACAAAAUGAUUGCCUCUUGACCAACUGAUCAAUAACUUAUGCCAGACCCCAAGUGUUGGGACAAGGUCCACACUACAGUAAGCUACAAGGGAUCUAUGGAAGCUAGAACCCUGCACUCUCCUGCUUUUUGCCGACUCACCACUGCUUUUUAAUCCUGAAGAUAUGGUAUGAGGGGAGACUGGAUUUCAAAAUAAUGCCAACAGUUAUUUACCAAUGCAGUCUACUUUUAUUUUCUCCUCCUUAAUUCACCCGUACUUACUCCCUUCCUCAAUCUGAUAAUAUCUCUUUCAACAACCAUAACACUGGUGUUGCAAAUAGAUUAGGAAAGUACUCACAGCUGGAUGAACUUGUACAAAGUGUAUUCUCAGCAUGUAUAUACAAUACCAUGCCUCUUCAAUAUGCUUCUCCUAAAGGGUGCACGCUGUAGCAUGUACUGUGUGUAUAUUUAAUAUAUCUUCCCAGAAUAUUCUGUAUGCUUCAUAUAUACAUAUAUAUUCUAUAAAUGAAAUAAAAUGUACAAUAGAAAUACAUAUUUCUGUAUGCAAAUAAAUAUAUUAUACACAAAAUCUUAACAUGCAAUGUGGCAUAUAUGUUGCUUCAGAGGAAUAAGAGUAGAUUUUCUGUGCUCCAUUUUCAAAGACAGGAGCAUUUGCAUUUGAAGGAAGAGAUUUAAGAACAGCCGAAAUCCUAUCCACAUUAAUAUUCAACUGCUUUAUCAUCUUUGAGAGUCUGGCACUGAUUUUAGAUAUCUCUUGGAGGAAUAAAUUAAUAAAUCUUGCUGGUAUCACCCCAUGUGACAGCCAUGAUUUCUUUUCCUGCGCCUGACAGGCCUGUGAUGAGAACCUUCCCAGCUGGUGCAAUUCCCACAGCUGUGUUGAUCUCCUGUCUGAUUGCCUGAUGAGGCUGCCACCAACCCAUUCUCACAGAGUUUCUCUCGUCCAAAUUAACUGAUUUUAGUGAAAUAAGAAAUAAUCACACUGGGAGAAAAGGACGACCUUCAGAAUGUUUUCUUUUCUACUGGCAAACAAAGUGGAGAUGGUACAGACACUGUACUCUAUAAACUACCUUUUUCAGUGUGGGUCCAAUACAGCAUCUCAUACAUUAAAUGACAGUAAACUUUAAUGAGGUACACAAUCCAACUUUUCCAGUGAAAUUAUAAAAUAUAUGGUUUAUUUCUAAGAG